CGGGCAAGUCGCGUCGUUUUGCCUUCGCGUUAGGCGGCUUGCCCCUCUCUCGUUGGCAGGCAGGCCCCACCAUUACUUCAUCCGCCUCCCAAGAGACAGUGUUUUUCUCCCCUCAACCCCCCUCCAAACCUCCAACACCUCAUCCUCUCUCUCUCCUCCCUUUUCCCACCCAUACUAUCCGAUCAAUCCUCCAAAAUGGCUUACGGAGAGCUUGACCAGCUCGCCAUCAACACCAUCCGGACGCUGGCCGUCGAUGCCACCUUCAAGGCGAACUCCGGCCACCCUGGUGCGCCCAUGGGCAUGGCGCCCGUGUCCCACGUUCUUUUCAACAAGUUCAUGAAGUUCAACCCCAAGAACCCCAAGUGGGUUAACCGCGACCGUUUCGUUCUUUCCAACGGUCACGGCUGCAUGCUCCAGUAUGCUCUCCUCCACCUUUUCGGCUACGCCGUCUCGAUGGACGACCUGAAGUCCUUCCGUCAAAUCGACUCUAUCACCCCCGGUCACCCCGAGUCCCACGACACCCCCGGUAUUGAGGUCACCACUGGUCCUCUUGGCCAGGGUUUCUCCAACGCUGUCGGUCUCGCUGUCGCCCAGGCCCAGACCGCGGCUACCUUCAACAAGCCCGGCUACGAGCUGAUUGACAACUACACCUACACUUUCUUCGGUGAUGGUUGCGCCAUGGAGGGUGUUGCCUCUGAGGCCGCCUCCGCUGCCGGUCACCUGCAGCUCGGCAACCUGAUUGCCAUCUACGAUGACAACGGCAUCUCCAUCGACGGUGACACCAAGUGCGCCUUCACCGAGGAUGUCAUGAAGAGGUUCGAGGCCUACGGCUGGCACUGCGAGUACGUCAAGGACGGUGACAACGACCUUGAGGGCAUUGAGGCCGCCAUCAAGAAGUGCCAGGCUGUCAAGGACAAGCCUUCCGUCAUCAAGCUCACCACCACCAUUGGCUUCGGCUCCAAGCUCCAGGGCACCGGUGGUGUCCACGGUAACCCCCUGAAGGAGGACGACAUGAAGCAGGUCAAGGCCAAGUUCGGCUUCGACCCUGAGAAGUCCUUCGUUGUCCCCAAGGAGGUCUACGACCUGUACGGCAAGAAGGCCACCGAGGGUGCUGCUCUCGAGGAGGAGUGGAACAAGCUCUUCGAGAAGUACGGCUCCGAGCACAAGGAGCUCCACGCCGACCUUGCCCGUCGUCUGACCCUUGCCCUUCCCGAGGGCUGGGAGAAGAAGCUCCCCACCUACAAUGUCUCCGACCCCGCCAUUGCUUCCCGUAAGCUGUCCGAGUCCGUCCUCGAGGCCAUCCACGAUGUCAUCCCCGAGCUCGUCUCCGGCUCUGCCGACCUUACUGGCUCCAACAACACCCGCUGGAAGAACGCCGUCGACUUCCAGCCCCCCAACACCGGUAUCGGUGAGUGGAACGGCCGCUACAUGCGCUACGGUGUCCGUGAGCACGCCAUGGCUGCUAUGAUGAACGGUAUGUCCGCGUACGGCACCCUCAUCCCUGCCGGCGGUACUUUCCUCAACUUCGUCUCUUACGCCGCCGGUGCCGUCCGUCUGUCGUCGCUGGCUCACCAGCGCGUCAUCUACGUCGCCACCCACGACUCCAUCGGUCUUGGUGAGGAUGGUCCCACCCACCAGCCUAUUGAGACUCUUGCCCACUUCCGUGCCCUGCCCAACAUGAUGGUCUGGCGCCCGGCUGAUGGCAAUGAGACCUCUGCUGCCUACUACAUGGCCCUCACCUCCAAGCAGACCCCCUCCAUCAUCGCCCUCACCCGCCAGAACCUGCCCCAGCUUGAGGGCUCUACCCUCGAGAACGGCAUCAAGGGUGGUUACGUCGCGCUUGAGGACAAGGAGGCUCAGAUCACCCUCGUUUCCACCGGUUCCGAGGUCUCGAUCUGUCUUGAGGCCGUCAAGUUCCUCAAGGACCAGAAGAACAUCAAGGCCCGUGUCGUCUCGAUGCCCUGCGUUGAGGUCUUCGACGCCCAGAGCAAGGACUAUAAGCUGUCUGUCAUCCCCGACGGCAUCCCUGCCCUCUCCGUUGAGGUCAUGUCGACUCUCGGCUGGGAGAAGUACUCUCACGAGCAGUUCGGUCUCAACCGCUUCGGUGCUUCCGGCCCCUACAAGCAGGUCUACGAGAAGUUCGAGUUCACCCCCGAGGGCAUUUCCAAGCGCGCUGUGGCCACCAUCGACUUCUACAAGGACGUCAAGCCCCUGCGCUCCCCUCUUAACCGCGCCUUCCAGCAGCUCAUCUAAGCGCUGCGGCGUUGAGGUGUGUUGCUAAUGGUGGAUUGUGCUGAGGGACUACGUUAAUCGCGUGGUCGUGGCGCUUGGAGAAAAAGAGGUUAUGAUUAUACGCACUAGUAGACUGCAAUGAAGAAUGAUUUCGAGAAUACAUUUAUCUGGCCUUGACUGUACUUCGGUGACGCGUGUUGUGCUGCCUUGCAGACUAACAGGCCUAAUGACAACGGCACCUACCAUCUUAAUAGUAAGACUUAUGUCAAUAUAUGGAGCUACCUUGGAAAUCAAUCAAUCCGUGG